AUGAAGAUUAUUGUAUUUCUCUGUGUUUUGAUUGCUUUAUCAUCAGCCACCGAAGCCAUCGACAUCUUUAAUACAGUACAAACAACGUAAUACUUAGUUACCCAAAACAGAUUUUGGAAAAACAAUAUUGUAAACUGUCCAAUUAGAAUUAUCAAAUGGAUCAGCAGUAGAUUCUGUUGUUGAAUCAUUAAAUGAAAUAUUGAAAUCAGCUGAAUAAGAAAAAGGAGCUAUUCAAACUAAUUUAAGAAAUAGACAAACUUAAUGUUAAACAAGACAAGAUGAUGCUUAGAGUGUUAUAGAUAGAGCAAAUGCUAAGAGAGCUGAUGAUGAAAGAAAAUGUAUAUAUAUACAUUUAAAUACUAGUACCAUUACUCAAUGAGGAAUUGAUUAGUAAAUAAGAAUAAGCAUUAGUAAAGGAUUCUGAAGAAUAAAGAAAUAAUGAUAAACUUUCACUUAUUACAGCUACUAGAGAAUAAUAAAAAUAAGAAUAUUAAGAUAGAAGAAAUGAAUUAACUAAUUAUGUAGCAGCUUUAGGUGAAGCUAAAUCAAUUGUAUCUGGAUUAGGUUCUGUUAGUUUCUUACAAGUCAAUUCAAAUUAACACUAUCUCAAAUUUAGUACAUUUAAUUAUCUAUUAUAAUUAGAGGAAGCACAUCCAACACCUAGAGGUUAUGGAAUAAUGGUUGAAUUGUUAUUAAAAGCAUCAACACAAGCCAAAACUCCAGAAUAAGUUGAGAAAAUUGUUGCUACUAUAUAAGGAUUAAUUGAUUCUAUCUAUGAACUUUAAAAAUAAGAAUUAUUAGUUGAUGAUGCAAGAGAAGUUGAAUUCAUUAGAUAAAGGUAUUAUUCAUUUAUUUAUAUAUAUUAAUAGAGAAAUCUUACUUUUAGCCAAUCAAACUUUGGCUGCAUCAGUAGCUUAAUUGAAAGCUUAAGUCUUACAUUUACAAUAAGAUAUUGUUGAAGUUACAAAUGAUGUUAAUACUAAUAAAUCAAUUGCAUCAAUCAAAACUAAAGAACUUAAUGAUUGGGUAAAGACUUGUUAAGAUGAAGAGAAGAAUCUUAGAGCCAUUUUUGAUAGCAGGUAAUUUAAUAUUACUAAUAUUCUUUUAGAGUUGGAUAAGUGGAAACAGUUAAUUAAAUACUCAUAAUAUUCAAUUCAGGUUUAAGUUAAGAAUUAAGAAAAUCAAUUGCAGAAAUAUAACUAAAUUGAU